CACGCACGGCCGCCUCCCCGGGCCAGUCGUGGAUGCAGUGUGUGUAAGAUGGCGGACUUCCUGCCGUCCCGCUCCGUGCUGUCCGUCUGCUUCCCGAACUGUGUGCUCAACAGCCGGGAGGCCGAGCAGCAGCGCAAGUCCAAGGAGAUCGACCGCUGCAUCUCCCGCGAGAAGCCGUACGUCAAGCGGCUGGUGAAGAUCCUGCUGCUCGGGGCUGGGGAGAGCGGGAAGAGCACCUUCCUCAAACAGAUGCGCAUCAUCCACGGGCAGGACUUCGAUCUCAGGGCCAAGGAGGAGUUCAAGGCCACCAUCUACAGCAACGUCAUCAAAGGUAUAAGAGUGCUUGUUGAUGCACGAGAAAAGCUUCACAUCCCUUGGGGUGAUCCAUCCAAUCAGAAGCAUGGUGAGGUAAUGAUGGCGUUUGAUACGAGGUCGGCAAUGGUAGCCCAUGGAAUGGUGGAGACUCAUGUAUUUCUUAUGCAUAUUGCAUCAAUAAAGGCAUUGUGGGCGGACAGUGGAAUUCAGAAUGCCUAUGACCGGCGCAGGGAAUUUCAGUUGGGUGAAUCGGUAAAAUAUUUCUUGGAUAAUUUGGACAAGCUUGGGGAACUGGACUAUCUGCCAAGUCAACAAGAUAUCCUGCUGGCCCGGAGACCUACAAAAGGAAUUCAUGAGUAUGACUUCGAGAUAAAAAAUGUGCCUUUCAAAAUGGUGGAUGUUGGUGGCCAGCGGUCAGAGCGAAAGCGUUGGUUUGAGUGUUUCGACAGCGUAACAUCCAUCCUCUUCCUGGUGUCCUCAAGCGAAUAUGACCAAGUGCUGAUGGAAGACAGACAGACCAACCGCUUGACAGAGUCUCUAAACAUUUUUGAAACUAUAGUCAACAACCGUGUUUUCAGUAAUGUCUCAAUCAUCCUCUUUCUAAACAAGACUGACUUACUCGAGGAGAAAGUAAGAAUAGUGAGCAUAAAAGACUAUUUUCCGGAGUUCGAAGGGGAUCCCCACUGCCUCUCUGAUGUCCAAAAGUUCUUGGUAGAUUGUUUCCGUAAUAAACGUCGGGACCAGCAGCAGAAGCCUCUCUACCACCACUUCACCACUGCCAUAAACACGGAGAACAUCCGUCUAGUGUUCCGUGACGUCAAAGAUACCAUCCUUCAUGACAACCUCAAGCAGCUAAUGCUACAGUGAUGGCGGGACUCCUGUUUUUAUUCAUUGAGAAUUUUUAUUCCCCCCCCCCCCCCCCCCCCUUUUUAUUUUUUUUUAUUUUGGUUUGUUUUUUAUUGAUACACGUGAAGUUUAGAACAAGAGAAACAAGUUGGGUUUUAUUUUUCUUUUUCUUCCUUCUCCAUGGAUUUUUCAAUCCCAACUUCUAUUGAACUUCUGCCCCCCCCCCCCCCCCCCCUUCUGCAAAGCGGUGUCAAGUUUCCUGCAAAGGACUGUGUAACCACAGCAAAAUGAACGGAGACAUCCACGGAUACAGUAUAUCUCCAGAGCAGAGAGUCUUAUUUUUAUUAUUUUUUUGCAAUUCAAAAGGAGUCACGGGGAGGUUGUUUUUAUUUUGUUUAAAAUGUGGAUUUUAUUUCUGUACUUUAAUAGGUUGCAUUUGAAUUGUAAGUUUUUGUUUUUUUUGUUUUUUGAAAUCACUCCUUACAAUUUAUCAAUUAUGCUACCAUAUAAAAGUGAAUUUCUUGAUUACAAGCCUUUAGGAAAUGUUCCUUUUAAUUGAGUGUCUUCCCCUGCUACUUAUAACGGCACAAAUUGUUUUAUAUGUUCUGAAACAAGAUUAUUUGCUGGCGCCUGGACCACAAAGGAGGCUGUCCGAUUACUGCAGUUUAUCACAGUGGGAGCCUCCUGUGAUGGUUUUUCUUUUAAACUUUCUAUUUUUAUUUUUUAUUUUUUUUCCCCUUCCUUACUAACCUAAGAUGGUUAGGAGUAAUAGUAUGAGUUUUCAUAUUUGAAUGCAUAAGUGACCCACCUUUGCAGGGGGAAAUGCAAAAGUGCAGUUUAACAAUUUUUUUAUUUUUUUAAUAAGCCAUGCACUUUGUCUUCUGUUUUGGUUUUGAUUUUCUUGGCACGCAGCCGAUACCUGUUGUUGGACAUUCUGAGAUGCCAUAUUGAAAAUCCGUGCAGAAAUACCUGGGAAUUAUUUUUUAAGAGCACAUAUUAAAAACUAUAUAGUGCUACUUGUUUUAGGGCCUGUGUUAGUUUUUACCUUGUGCUAGACAAACUUGCUGCAAAUGUAUAGCUACAAUUCUAUUAACGUUUCGAUCUUGCAUUCUGAACAGUGAGAUGCUUUUGUGAAUGUGCAAAAUCCUCUUCAUAAUGCCUGCAUUUUGGUAUUAAAACAGGAAUUAUGGGAUGAUGCCGCACAUGUCACAGGACAGACACCGACUUCUGAUAAAUGCCUUCUCUUAUGUGUACAUCUAAUGAUUUUGCUAGCACAGUGUGUGCACAUGUGUAUAUACAUUUUUUAAAAAAAAAACAUUUUUUUAUUUGCAGACCAUGUCCAACUAUUUCUGGGUGACCGGUUCAUUUUAAAUUAGUGUUUAAGAUUAUAGAAUGCCUUAACCAGGCUUAAAAGGAACGCAGUUUAGGGAGUCAUUUGUUUAGAAAUAGGUGCGAAACAUAAUGUAUCUUAACGCAGAGUGCACAUGCUUUUAGGACUCUUGGUAAAAGUAUUGUGAAUAUGUUGAGAGCACUCUGGUUAAUCCGCAUUGAUACAUAGUCAGGGGCAUUUCAUGUUUGCUCAGUGUACUCCCCGCAUCUCUCCUCGGUUGUUUUUAAAUCAUUUUUGAUAUUACUGAGGGGGCACAAAUUAAACAAAGACUUGUUUCUAUAAACCAUAACGGAACACUUCCAAUCAAACCUUUUGUUCGGUGUAUUGACGGUUACUGUACAAAUUUCUCAAUUGACCGAAAUUCUUGCAGUUUAAGACUUUUAGAUUGUGGAAGGCUGCAUCAUGUGCAUUGCAUUGUGGUCCCAUUCUGGGUUUAAAAUGUUUUUUAUUUUAUUUUUUAAAUGCAUCUACUACUAUUCCAAAUGUGUAACUCGCAUGGGGGCUGCCAUCUUAUGCCAUUUAUUUAACCGCUUUUAAAAGAAAGUCUGACUUGGGCCGUUUGAGGAGUCAGAAGGGGAAGUGAGCUGAGAACAAAUAGGUCCUUACUACUCAAAUGAAGACUUCUAAUGUUUCCACAGGCAAGAAUGGAUCUGAUGAACAUGGAUACGUGCAAAAUAUAGGCCAUUUCUAAAAGUACAUUUAUUGAGUCACUUGACUUAAUCAUGUAAGAAGUAAUCUGGGAAAUCAGUGGUGUCGCUGGAGUUCGAUGGAAACGUAACAUUUAAAUGUUUUUGUAGAGGGGGAUGGAUGUUCGUUGUGUCAAUUUCAAAUAGUGCCAAAUUGUUCUCAAGACGUCUGCUGAUAUUCUUGAGAGAAAUGUGUUCAUUUUGGCAAAGCUAUGUUUUUCUUACCUUUGUUAUCCAACUGUGGACAUACACGCACAUCUUAUCCUUACACUGACAAGGACAUUCUAUCAGUCUAGUUGUUAUAGACUUCAAACCAGCUCCAUCUAGCACAGGGGUCACUGAUUAAACAGUGAGAUUAGUGUUAUGUCAGCAUAGACGUUCUUUGGUUCUUAGGGUUCAGUUGCUUCCAAAGCUUAGAGAACGCCAGAUUGUAAUGUAUCUGGCACCAGGGUCAUGAAUAUUCAUGAGGAAGGAAUAUUGGCUUAUAGUAUUAGGGGUGUGAAGGAUAUCAACACUGGGAAGUUAAACACUCUGAUUAUCUACCCUGAAUACCUUUUUGUGGGAGAUUUAUCAAACGGGCAUAGUCUAUAUUCAACGCGUGAGUGAAACGGGCAUUAGUUUAUUAGAAAUGGACAUUGAGUAAGACAAUGCAGUGGUGCUUGUCUGCACUCAUGCGCAAUGUUUUGCUGGGUUGAUACAUAGAGGUGCCCCCUUAUAUUCUUUACUAUAACAGUGUUAACACAGAAUUGUUUGCCGUCAGGGCUUUUUCUGUGGGAUCUUUUUUUGUCACAGAACUUACUCCGUAAAGCACUGUGCUCCCUCAUUAACUUGAACCAGAUACCUAUGUAAUUAAAAAUAAAAUACAAAUCAAUUCAAAGUACAUGGAGAUAAGCUGCAAAUACUUAUAAAACAUGCGUUAAAACACUUUACAUUAUCACAGAUAUCAAAUAUGAAUCAUCUUAGAAGUUUUCUCACAUCCUGUUUAAAUUACUGAAGCAUUGAGUUCAUGUAAUGUGUUAUGCUAGUUCCUGUUUGCGUUUAAUGGGGAACAGGCCAAACAGCGUAGCUGUUACAACCUAUUAAGGGGCUGUCCUUGAAAUUACUUGCUUUUUGUUAUUUUUAGAUAACCCGAGCUCGUGACCUACGCCUUCCCUCUUGAUCCGGAGAAGUUGUGCUUCUCUGUACAAUUUGGAGGUCCUUGUGUGGCCUGGGCCUGCAGUAACACAUGGCCUCCUCUAUGUAUUGGUAUUAUUCCCUGCCAUCUCUCAGCAUGUCUCCUGCAGGUUCCACAGAAUGACCUUUUCACAUUCUUCAGACCAAAGCAAAAUGCCACGAAUGUUGAAUCCAGUGUUCCUUUUAACCAUGUCUACGUCUCCUUUGCUGAAAGUGGUUGGUUUGAGCAUUUAAAAAAAAAAAAAAAAAAAUCUCUUUACACUGCAUUUAGCAGAAAUUAAGUACAGAAUGUAACAAGUGAUUUGGCCCCACACUGAAAUCCUAUAAGAAGUUGAUGUAAUGCUUCGAGGAAACCCUUGGUGCAACAUGAACCUACUGGGAUACCGUACGAAAGGACUUCUCGUUUUAAUUUCGGUGUCAGCUGCUUCUUGAAUUUAGCAGUAGAUAUAGUUAAAACCCCUAGAUUAUUAGACACUGGUAUGUCUGUUCUCAAGCACUGUGCAAAAACCAGGUUGGUUAAAACCUAAAUCCACCCCGUGGUUACAUAAUCAUUCACACAAUUAUGCAAAAUAAGCCACUUGACUGUCAACUGUUUUGCCAGAAAUGGCGCAUUGCACCGAUACACAGUUCUGCCUUAUUUGUCAGCCGUCUUCCUAGAAGAAAAUAUUCUGUUUACCUUUUUGUAGACAUUUUCUUUUUUUUUUUUAACUUAAACUGUGCCUUUAUUUUGGGGGUGAAAAAUAACCCUUCUCCCUCUCCAACUGAGAUUGCCUUAUCACAUUUU